GGUCCUGACAGGUGCGGAGACCGAACUGGAGCCAGGGAGUAACGGAGAAUCUCUGUUGAGCGCGCAACAGCCGUUACGCGUGUCGGUUGCCGAGAUCGAGUCUGACAGAAGCGGACUUGCUGUCUCGGGAUCAGCGCGGACAAGAUGAGCAGCAAAGAAGGUGGCUUCAGAAAAAGGAAACAUGACAAUUUUCCACAUGGUCAUAAGGAAGAAAAAGAUAGCAUUAACUUUUCUUCAUCUAUAAUGUCAUCCUUCAAGAUGUUUCAGCUGGAACUUGAUACAAGACAUGAUAAAUAUGAAAGACUUGUGAAACUUAGUCGUGACAUAACUAUUGAAAGUAAAAGGACCAUAUUCUUACUUCAUAGAAUUACCAGUGCUUCCAAUGUAGAAGAAAUACUAGCAGAAUCUGAAGUCAAAUUAGAUCUUGUGAGACAGAAGAUAAAACAAGUAGCACAAGAAUUGAUGGGAGAGGAUAUGCAUCAAUACCAUAGAGCUAUUUCUCCAGGUCUUCAAGAGUACGUGGAAGCGGUUUCAUUUCAGUAUUUUAUCAAAACCCGGUCAUUAAUUAGCUUAGAAGAUAUCAAUAGACAACUGAUAUUUAAAGAAGUUAAUAAGGAGGAAGAAAGGAAGCCAUCUUCGGAUUCUCCUAAUAAUCAAAACGACACCUGGAACAUAAAAGUGACACCUGUGGAUUAUCUUCUGGGAGUGGCUGAUCUAACUGGAGAAUUGAUGCGGAUGUGUAUUAAUAGUGUUGGGAAUGGUGAUAUAGAUACACCAUUUGAGCUGAGCCAGUUCCUGUGUCAGAUUUAUGAUGGCUUUUCUUACAUUGGUAACACUGGACCGUAUGAAGUUUCUAAGAAGCUCUAUACUUUGAAGCAGAGCUUAGCUAAAGUGGAGAAUGCCUGUUAUACACUGAAAGUCAGGGGUUCUGAGAUACCAAAGCAUAUGUUAGCUGAUUUGUUUUCCAGUAAAACAGAAAUAAUUGACCAAGAGGAUGGGCUUUCCUAACCAUACUAGGAACCUCACAACACACAAGAUCAAGAACUACAGGAUCGGAGCAAAGCCAAUCAGAAAUCUUAGCCAUAAUUCGUGUUUUAUGAAUAGCUGACAUAGAAUAUGUUGUAUUCCAAAACUGUUAUUGUGUAAUGAUUUAACAUGCCCACCAAGCUUAUUGCCCAGUGAAAAUAUUGAUUUUAUACAAGGACCACUUGUUAUGUUCUCUACUUUAGUAUUGUGGGCAUACUGCAGGUUACCUUAAACCAGGUAUCAGUGAAGGACCAUAGUUCAUAAUAUACAUGCAAUAUGAUAACUGUUUGCUUUGUUUUGUUGUUGCUUUUAUCUAAAUGGUUAAAGUAUUUGACUGUUCAGAAUGUUCUGGUGUUAAAAUUUACAUGUUGAUUUUUAAAUAACCGAAGAGAAAGUUAAUUGAAUAGAAAAGAACCUAGGAAAAGCUAACAAGUUUAGCUUACAUUAUUAUUUGGGUACUUUCAGAGUAUAUCUUUCUGUGUAUCUUAAUGAUGACUUGUUAUAGAAGGUUAAUACUAACACCUUGUAAAUUAAGCCAGACAAAAGCAAAAAUCUUGUAAAGAGUCUUAGCAUAAAUAAAAUCAGUACAUAUACCCAGUUAAAAAUAUAUUCUACGGAAGGAUUUGGAAGCGAAUGCUUGAGAAAGUAAAUAAGAAAAAUAUUUGAAAUAUGUUUUAAAACUGAAGUUGACAGAAUUUGUAAUUAUGUAUCUAUCCUAUGUGUGUUCUUUAAAGGAUUAUGAUAUUGUUUUGUGUUUUUACUUAAUAUCUUGCUUCAAUUCUUGAUUAGCGACUCCAACGUAGACUUUAACUUCCUUUCUGUGAACAGAAUAGAAUUAAAUUUAUAGAACAGGCUUUCCUGCUUCCCUUUUCUCUGUGUAGUGCUGAAUCUCUUGUAAAUCUGUUCCUGAGAACAGGGAACUCUUGAGCAUGGUGUGGAAUAAAUUAUAAAAGGCCUGGUUAGUAGUAAUUCCAUGUACGAACGAAAGAAUUCAGGAUUCAAGUCAUUGUGUUCUUGGGGAAAUGUAAAAUGUAAAAGUAGGUGAGAAUCCAGGCUCUCCACUAUACACAAAACACACUGAAUUUCCUACCACAGCUCUUCCAUGUUUUUAUAUUGUUGAUAUUUAGCAUGGUCUAUUUUCAGAUACAUGAUAUAGUACAGCAGUAUUUUGCCCCCUUUUUAAGAAUCGUCAGAUCUCUCAUGUGAUAAAAAAUUAGAAAGCAGCGUUUUCCUCCCAUUAUAAGGCUUAAUGAUGUUUCAAUAUUUUUAUACAAUAAACAAAGGAAUCUUGUAAAAGU